UCAGUCAUUCUUACCAUGCGGCUCUUGAUUUCUUGGUGCUCUUGCUCGGUCAUCUUCUGCCUACUUCAGGCAAGUCAUAGGGCCAGCGGUGUAGCUUACAAUAUUACUCCAUCGGAGCCGCUCUUUCCGAACCAAACUCUCGUCUCCUCUGGCAAUAUAUUCGAGCUUGGGUUCUUCACGCCACGCGGGUCAGAAAAUCAGUAUGUUGGCAUAUGGUACAAGAACUUGACGCCUUCUAAGAUCCUGUGGGUGGCCAAUAGGGAGCGGCCACUUGUGUACACAGAUUGGUCUGCAAAACUAACGAUAGACAGUGAUGGGAAUUUGAAGCUCAUGGAUGGACAAGAAAAUAUAGUUUGGUCUACCAAUGUCUCUAGUCCGUCCAGUUAUACAUCGGCGGCGCUAUUAGAUAGUGGGAAUUUUGUUCUGCAAGAUGGAAAUUAUAGCGAAAUAUGGGGAAGCUUCGAGGAUCCGACGGACACUCUUCUUCCAACAAUGAAGAUAGAAGUAAAUGUCAGGACUGGAGUGAAAAAGUCUUUAAUUUCCUGGAGAAGCGACAGUGAUCCAUUCCCUGGAAGUUUCUCGACUGGAGUGACAUCCGAGACGCCACCUCAAGCUUUCACUUGGAAUGGUUCGACCCCUUACUGGAGAAGCGGGCAAUGGGACAAAUCGAAAUUUAUCGGCAUAUCAACCAUGGACCAAUCAUACUCGAGUGGCUUCACUGUCCAGCAGGAUACUCAACAGGGAACCACUUACUUUUCAAUGAAUAGAUACAAUUUCUUUGGAUACAUGUUCAUUUCUCCCGGAGGAUCUCUCAAGAUAAUGUACUGGGAUGAUGGAGCUAAGGCAUGGUUGAUGGAUUGGGCAGCACCGAACAAUACUUGCGAGAUUUAUGGAACUUGUGGUCCAUUUGGAGUUUGUAACUCACUGAAUUCGCCUAUUUGCAGAUGCAUAGAUGGGUUUGUGCCAAAGUCAAAUGAAGAAUGGAACAGUGGAAACUGGACCAGAGGAUGUGAAAGAGAGAUGGAAUUGAAUUGCCAGAAAAACACAAGCACAUCGACUUCUUCAAAUGUAAAGAAAGAUGCAUUUUGGCAAAUGAGCCAGAUGAAUCUACCCGACUCUGGGGACUAUAUAUCAGACAUUGGAGAUGAAGAAGAAUGUGAAAGCUGGUGCCGGAGCAAUUGUUCUUUUGCUUAUUCUUACGUCAGCACCAUUGGAUGCAUGGUUUGGAGUAAAGACCUCAUUGAUCUUCAGGAAUAUCCCACAGAUGGGGAAGAUCUAUUUGUUCGAGUUGCACAUGUAAAAGCAGGAGGAUUGCGACACAAAGCAGUUAUCAUCAGCCUGAGUACUAUUGCAGGGAUUAUGUUCUUUGCAGUAUUUGUUUUUGUUCUUUGCAAAUGGAGAGCUAACAAAACAGAUACACCUGAAAAAUCGACGGAGCUGACACAAGGAAAUGCAUGGAAAAAGCAGUUGAAGCAAGAUGAUUCACUGGAAUUGACCCUUUAUAGUUUUGAUAGCAUACUACUUGCUACAAACAAGUUCAGCACGACAAGUAAACUCGGGCAAGGAGGGUUUGGCUCUGUUUAUAAGGGGAAGCUGAAAGAUGGGAAAGAGGUAGCUGUGAAAAGACUUUCCAGUACCUCAGCCCAAGGCGUUGAAGAGUUCAAGAAUGAGAUCAUCCUUAUAUCGAAACUCCAGCAUCGAAAUCUUGUUAAACUCGUGGGUUACUGCAUUGAAGGAGAAGAAAAGAUUUUGUUAUAUGAGUACUUGUCGAAUAAAAGCUUGGACACCUUUCUUUUUGAUUCAAGAAAGAAGGCAGAACUUGACUGGGGCAAACGAUUUCAAAUAAUUCAGGAGAUUGCAAGGGGGCUGCUCUACCUCCAUCGAGAUUCUUGCCUUAGGGUCAUACAUCGAGACUUGAAAGUAAGCAACAUUCUCUUGGAUGAAAAGAUGAACCCGAAAAUUUCAGAUUUUGGGCUAGCACGAAUGUUUGAGGGCACUCAAGUUUUGGUGAACACUCAAAAAAUUGUUGGAACACUUGGCUAUAUGUCUCCUGAGUAUGCCAUGGGUGGAAUAUUUUCCGAGAGGUCCGAUGUCUAUAGCUUUGGAGUGUUGCUACUGGAGAUAGUAAGCGGCAAAAAGAACACGGCCUUGUAUGACCAGGGACAUCUGAAUCUCCUUUCCUACGCAUGGCAAUUAUGGAGUGAUGGCAAAGCAUUGGACCUAACGGAUGUAGCAAUGGCUGUUAGCUCUCCUUUGGAGGUAACAAGAUGCAUCCAUGUUGGGCUUCUCUGUGUUCAGGACCAUGCCACGGAUAGACCAAACAUGUCGAAUGUGGUUCUGAUGUUAAGUGGCGAGUCAGAUCUUCCUCAGCCAAGGCAACCUAUAUUCACUUUCCAAGCUGAAAUGCCAAAUCAUUCUAAUCCAUCACAGCAAGAAAGCAUCCGGUCUGUUAACACUUUCACCAAUACAGUGGUCGAAGGAAGAUGA